AUGAAUCCCUCAAAAAUCCAGAAGUAUGAAAUGGGAUCAGCUUCGAAGAUUGCUAAGCAUGAAUUCAUUCAACCUGGUGCCUUAGCAGCAAAGGGACGGGGAGGGAAAAGCUUAAGAGUAAUGGGCUCUUUAAGAGUUAAUGCCGAACAGAGGACUCUAAUUGCCAAAAAUAAGAGUUGUAAUACAGCAACUUCUAAGUUGAAUAUGCUAGCUGAGAAAAAUUUCAAUGUGCACCCUUAUUUUGAAGCAAUGGAAGACAAUUUCCCCCUCUAUCAAGAAGCUGAAAUGACUCAAGACGCUCAGAGAAGUGACAGAAGCGGUCGAGGACAAAGCAUAAGAGUUACUGCUGAAAAGAGGACCCCGAUUGGAAAAAAUAGAAGUUGUACUCCAGCAACUUCUAAUCUAAAUAAGCCAACAAAGAGAAGUAUCCUUGUGCCUCCUGGUCCAUUUGAAUCUCAUAAGGCAAAAAAAGUGGCUGCAGUGACUCGAGAUGUUCAGAGAAGUCCAUUUGAAUCUCAAAAGGCAAAAAAAGUGGCUGAAGUGACUCGAGAUGUUCAGAGAAGUCCAUUUGAAUCUCAAAAGGCAAAAAAGGUGGCUGAAGUUACUCGAGAUGGUCCAUUUGAAUCUCAAAAGGCAAAAAAAGUUGCUGAAGUGACUCAAGAUGCUCAGACUAGUGAAACUAGUCCAUGUGAAUCUGAAAAGACAAAUAAAGUGAGAGGAAUGAACAUUUGUAAGAAAGUUUUGCGACUGAAACCUGGAGAAAAGUUAAGAGUCACUUUCUACCAAAAUCGAGUUGUUGGGCCGAAUCACGCCUCGUUUUCUAGACACUUGGGUUUGCUAGUUCGUGAUCGUAAUAUGUGCCCGCUGCGAGUACACUCAUGGUUGGACAUCGAAGAACAUAAGCUUGAGCACAUGUGGAAAGCUGUUACUGAAAAAUUUGACAGUGAUGACAUGAUUGAUCAUAGAGGUCAUGUUCUGCAACAUAUGAGAAAACUUUGGAAUAAUUGGAGAGGAUCAUUGCACAAGAAAAUGAAAUCAAAGUCGUUGCAUGAGGUUCUAAAAGAUGAGCGGCGGGGAGUAGAAAAGAGUGAUUGGCAAUGGUUGGUCAAGGAGCAUUUCUUAUCUGAUAAAUUUAAGGAAGCAAGUACAAGAAACUCAAUCAAUAGGUCUAAGGUAGUUAUGCCUCAUCAUACGGGUAGCAAACCUUAUAGAGAGAUUAGUUACGAAAUGGGAGGCAAAGAUGGUAAUCCACCAAACAUGGCAACUAUUUUCUUUGAGACUCAUAAGAAGGACGAUGAGCUUGUCGAACCUGAAACCAUCGAAAAAUAUGCUGAAAUCCAAGAGCUGGUACAAUCUGAACCGACUCUUACUAAUAUUGAGGUAGUGGAAAGGUGCUUUGGACCUCAAUGCAAAAGUCAUGCAAUUGGAUUUGGGGGUGGGAUAACCGCUAAGGAGUUGAAAGGUGGUACCACCUCAAAGGCUGCAUUGGCGGAAGAGCUUAAAACAACUAAAAAAGAAAAGGAAUCACUACAAAAGCGCAUGGAUAUUCUGGAGAGUAAAUAUGAACGGCUUGAACGUAUAUUGGUUCGUCAGCCUUCAUCACCUCCACUAGAUCAAGAACUUGAAGAUUGAAGAAAUGUCCUCGAACAAAGUGCAGAGCAAGUUGAAGCGCAUUAUGUUUAUUGUUUUAUUAGUAUUGGUGUAGAGACGUCAUUUGUACAUAUGCUACAAUUUCCUUUUCUCAAUUUUUAGGAUUUGAUGGAUUUAUUUUGUUGGACAUAUUUAUGUUUUUCAGUAAUUAAUGUGAUGUUUAGGUUUUUGCGCCUAACAAUGAAAUUUUAUAUGAAUAUCAAUUAUUUGGUA